CUCUCUCUCUCUCUCUCUCUCUCUCCCCCUCCCUCCAACGAAAAUAGAGACCCGAGAGAAAGACCUCUAUUAUAUCAUCCCUACAGCUCUCUACAUUUCAAGCUCGCAAUUCACUUGCUUUUUUAACAUCUUCGGUUCAACUUUUCCUUCUUUAAGCAUCUUUCUUUGCUUUAACUCAACCUUUUAGAGGGUUUAAUAUAUCCCAAACUCUCUCGCUGUAGUUAAAAGAAGAGUUACUGUGCAAGUUGUUCUCAGGUUUAAGAGGAGAUGAGUGCUUCCAAGUUCAUUAAAUGUGUUACAGUUGGAGAUGGAGCUGUUGGCAAAACCUGUAUGCUCAUUUGUUAUACCAGCAACAAGUUCCCUACUGAUUAUAUACCCACAGUGUUUGAUAAUUUUAGUGCUAAUGUGGCUGUGGAUGGGAGCAUUGUCAAUUUGGGACUGUGGGAUACUGCAGGUCAGGAGGAUUACAGCAGGCUGAGGCCCCUCAGCUACAGAGGUGCAGACAUAUUUGUGCUGGCUUUCUCAUUAAUUAGUAGGGCAAGUUACGAAAAUGUUCUUAAGAAGUGGAUGCCUGAACUGCGUCGAUUUGCACCAAAUGUUCCGAUUGUUCUUGUUGGAACGAAAUUGGACCUUCGUGAAGACAGAGGAUAUCUGGUUGAUCAUAUGAAUUCUAAUGUCAUAACAUCUGCUCAGGGGGAGGAGCUCAGGAAACAGAUUGGUGCAGCAGCAUAUAUUGAGUGCAGCUCUAAGACUCAGCAGAAUGUCAAAGCUGUUUUUGAUACUGCAAUCAAGGUUGUUAUUCAACCUCCAAGGAGGAAGGAGGUGGCAAGGAAGAAAAGGAGCCGAAGUGCUGGUUGCACUAUUGCGAGCAUCGUGUGUGGAGGUUGUGUCGCAUAGGUUGUUGAUGAUGGCAGGAUGGAUUGAAAACACCACCCCACUCUUGAGCAUCGUUGUUUUUGAAGGGACUUUUGGGUAUUCAAUGCUGGUUCCUGGCAGCUGAUUGCAUCUAUAAUUUUCUUUUUUUGUGUGUAUGGAAUUAUUAUGGAGGAGCAAUUUUCUUGUCUUACAAACUUGAAUAGAAGCAGCAUGGAGGGAAUUGUUCAUUCUCUCUUGUAAUUUUAAUGUAGUGAAGUAAAUUUAUUUGAAGUUUAGUAUAA